AUGAACAAUAUCACAGAAGUUGCAACAUUUGUCCUCAAGGGCUUCACAGAUGAUACUCAACUGCAGCUCAUUCUCUUUUUCCUGUUCCUGGCAAUCUAUCUUUUUACUAUCAUGGCAAAUAUAGGAUUGAUUGUACUGGUCCUUGGGGAUUCCCGGCUCCACAACCCAAUGUACUAUUUUUUGAGCGUUUUAUCAUUUGUGGAUGCCUGUUUUUCUACUGUUAUUACUCCAAAAAUGUUAGGAGAUUUUAUGUCAGAAACAAAGGUCAUUUUAUUUCUUGAAUGUGCAUCACAGAUGUUUCUUGCUGUUACUUUUGGGACCACAGCAUGCUUUCUCUUGGCGGCAAUGGCUUAUGACCGCGACCUAGCCAUCUACAACCCACUUCUGUAUGCUGUGAGCAUGACGCCCAGGGUCUACGUGCCACUCAUCACGGCGUCCUUUGUUGGAGGAAUAUUGCAUUCCACAAUACAUACAGUGGCCACUUUCAGCCUAUCCUUCUGUGGGCCCAAUGAAAUCAGACAUGUCUUUUGUGAUAUCCCCCCUCUCCUCGCUAUUUCCUGUUCUGACACUCGUACAAAUGAGCUUCUCCUCUUCCUCUUUGUGAGUUCCAUUGAGGUGAUCACUAUCCUGAUUGUCCUCAUCUCCUACGGCCUCAUCCUAUUGGCCAUUCUGAAGGUGCCUUCUGCUAACGGGAGGAGAAAAGUGUUCUCCACGUGUGACUCCCACCUCACCGGAGUGUCCAUUUAUCACGGGACAAUCCUCUUCAUGUACAUGAGGCCAAGCUCCAGCUACGCCUUGGAGCACGACAUGAUCGUGUAG